GCAAAUAAAUAGUGAAUCAAAUACACAAUCUUCAUGUUAAACAAGCAAUUGAUGAAUUGUGACUGAAAUAAAAUCGUGAGGACUUUCGUUUCUGCGAAAUAAACGAAAGUAGAAGAAGCAGGCAGUACAAUACACGGUAACAAGCGACGGAAGUGAAAUAGAUUGAUAGCAAUAUAUAUAUACAAAAGACAGUCAAUGUCACAACAUUCGGAAAACGAUAGCGAUGAUGAUGAUUGUGAAUACUGUGAGUAAAUCAUCCAUUCAUCCAUUUUUUACUUCUAUUUCCAUUUAUUCUGUCACUCGUGCUGAAAGAAGAUUCUUUUCUUUAUUCGAUAUUUAUUUUUUUUUUCUUCUCUUUCUUCAACCUGCCCCAUUCCAAUCCAUAAAGUUCUUCAGCCUGUCAGCAAUCAGUAUAACAUCAGUGAAAAAAUAAAGGAGGCAAACCAACAGCUUUAUAAAAGUGAACAUUCACAACGUUCACAGCCAAAGGUAAGAUUUAGAGAUCAUCAACUAGUCGAUUACGAACCAGAGGACGAGAAUGGCAUAAUAAUAAUGGAGAGAAGAAGAUCAUCACAGUCUAGUAGUAUAAUCUUUAAAAAGGAAGAGGAAUCAUCAGAUGAUGGCUAUAUAGACGAUGAUUUGUUCGAUCCAUCGACAGAGGAAAGACUCAUCAUUGAAACAAUUGAAAUUGAAGAGGUUUGUGAGGAAAUAGAAGUAUUAGAUAUAAGUGAUAAUAAUAAUAGAGCAUUUGCAAAUGGUAUUGACGAGAGUCUGGACAUUGAGGAAGCAAAAUACGAGGAAGAUGAAUUCUACAAGGACGAUGAAAUCAGAGACGCCACAAUGUCUAAAGAAAAUGAAAUAAUAUCGGAACCGAGAGAAAAAUCUAGUUCAGCUAAGAGGAAAUUUCGUACAAAAAUAUGUCCAAUUGGCAACAUUCCGGUUGAUGAGCGAAGGACACGUACAAAAAAAUGCUGCGAAUUCAAAGAGACUGAUGAGUAUAAACAAAAAUUACCCAAAUAUAAUGGUUUCUAUUCACAUUAUGGACUUUCAAAGGAUGAAAUCGAGAGACGAGAAGAAAAGCUGCGCAAAAAUGUCGAGGUCUACCGGAGACGAUCCAGUCAUCACUUUGAAAAACAAGACAAUUUGGCAAAGGCUAAUGAAGAGGCUUUCGCUAAGUGGCUUCAAAAGAAGAUGUGCAAUCCUAUGAGUCGAUCGAAUCCCGUAAACAUGUACGAUAUGAAACCAAUUUUUAAGAAAAAGCAAAAGUCACAUAAAUUACCACAACGGAAGAAUCGAUACACAAUUCAACGUCAAAUGGAAACGGAAGAACAGGAAGACGAUGAUGAUGAUGACGAGGAGGAGGAGGUAGAUGAUGAAGAAGUAGACAAUGUGGAUGUAGAUGAGGAAUCGAAAACAGAGCAAGAUGAAGAAGACGAGGACGACGAUAUUGAUAUUGAAAAUAAUGAGAUUUUAGUGCCAGAGCCUAGCGAUGAGAAUGGAAAUGAACAGGAAAAUGAGGAAGAGGAUGAGCAUCAUGAAAUACACAUUUGUGAUGAAAACUUAACAAAGCCACUAAUUUAAAAUCCGCAAAUAGUGAAAAUUAUGUCAAUUGCAAUUAAAACGAUAUUUUACCAAUAUUUCGCGUGCUCAUUGUCGCACUUGUAUCCCUAUACACAUGUGUACAUACAAAUAAUCCUAGUAUCUACACGAAUUUGUAUGUUUUCUGUAUUGUGAAAUAAUUUCAACAAAUUUUCACAAUUUUACUAAAUAAAACUAUUUUGAAA